AGUCGGGAAGGUGGCGGCGGCGGUGGUGGCGGUUGUCCCGGCCGGCCGGUUGGUGUGACCGGUCGGCGCGCGCUGCGCAGCGUCCGCGCUUCGUCCAGCCGGGCGAAACCGAGCGGAGGGCCGAGGCCGGAGCCCGCGCGGGCGGAGGAGGGCGGAGGCGGCGGCCAGGGCGGCCCGUGGGAGGGAGCGCGGGGCCCCGGCAUUGCCGCCGGCUCCCGGCCCUGCCGGCCUCGUCGGUCGGAGCCGCGGCCAUGGCGGCCAGCGCGAAGCGGAAGCAGGAGGAGAAGCACCUGAAGAUGCUGCGGGACAUGACGGGGCUGCCGCACAACCGCAAGUGCUUCGACUGCGACCAGCGCGGCCCCACCUACGUGAACAUGACGGUCGGCUCGUUCGUGUGCACCUCCUGCUCGGGCAGCCUGAGAGGAUUAAAUCCACCUCACAGGGUGAAAUCUAUCUCCAUGACAACAUUUACACAACAGGAAAUUGAAUUCCUGCAAAAACAUGGAAAUGAAGUCUGUAAACAGAUUUGGCUAGGAUUAUUUGAUGAUAGAUCUUCAGCAAUUCCCGACUUCAGGGAUCCACAAAAAGUGAAAGAGUUUCUGCAAGAGAAAUACGAAAAGAAAAGAUGGUAUGUUCCACCAGAGCAAGCCAAAGUGGUGGCAUCGGUUCACGCAUCUAUUUCAGGGUCUUCUGCCAGCAGCACAAGCAGCACGCCCGAGGUUAAGCCCCUGAAAUCUCUGCUGGGAGAUUCUGCACCAGCACUGCACUUAAAUAAGGGCACACCUAGUCAGUCCCCAGUUGUAGGUCGCUCUCAAGGGCAGCAACAGGAAAAGAAGCAGUUUGACCUUUUGAGUGAUCUUCUUGGCUCAGACAUCUUUGCUGCUCCAGCUCCUCAGUCAACAGCUACAGCCAAUUUUGCUAAUUUUGCACAUUUUAACAGUCAUGCAGCUCAGAAUUCUGCAAAUGCAGAUUUUGCAAACUUUGAUGCAUUUGGACAGUCUAGUGGUUCGAGUAAUUUUGGAGGUUUCCCCACAGCAAGUCACUCUCCUUUUCAGCCCCAAACUACAGGUGGAAGUGCUGGAUCAGUAAAUGCUAAUUUUGCUCAUUUUGAUAACUUCCCCAAAUCCUCCAGUGCUGAUUUUGGAACCUUCAGUACAUCCCAGAGUCAUCAGACAGCAUCAACUGUUAGUAAAGUUUCAACAAACAAAGCUGGUUUACAGACAGCAGACAAAUAUGCGGCACUUGCUAAUUUAGACAAUAUCUUCAGUGCUGGGCAAGGAGGUGAUCAAGGGAGUGGUUUUGGGACCACGGGUAAAGCUCCUGUUGGUUCUGUGGUUUCAGUUCCCAGUCACUCAAGUGCAUCUUCAGACAAGUACGCAGCACUAGCAGAGUUAGACAGCGUGUUCAGUUCUGCAGCCACCUCCAGUAACGCUUACACGUCCACGAGUAACGCUAGCAGCAGUGUUUUUGGAACCGUGCCUGUGGGUGCUUCUGCUCAGACACAACCUGCUUCAAGUGGGCCUGCUCCAUUUGGGGCUACGCCUUCUACAAAUCCAUUUGUUGCUGCUACUGGUCCUUCUGCUGCAUCGUCUACAAACCCAUUUCAGACCAAUGCCAGAGGAGCACCAGGCCUUUCUGGAGCAAUGCAUUCUCAAGUGUUCCCUCACGCUCAUUUUGCGGCUACCUUUGGCACUGCAUCCAUGAGUAUGCCAGCAGGAUUUGGCACUCCUGCCCAGUACAGUCUCCCCACCAGCUUUAGUGGCAGUUUCCAGCAGCCCGCCUUCCCAGCCCAAGCAGCGUUCCCUCAGCAGCCAGCUUUCUCUCAACAGCCCAAUGGUGCAGGUUUUGCAACAUUCGGACAGACAAAACCUGUGGUAACCCCUUUUGGUCAAGUUGCAGCUGCUGGAGUGUCUAGUAAUCCUUUUAUGACUGGUGCACCAACAGGACAAUUUCCAACAGGAAGCUCAUCAACCAAUCCUUUCUUAUAGCCUUAUAUAGACACUGUACUGGAACGAACUUUUAUGUGAUCAUAUUACAUCUCUCCGCCUCUUGCCCUGUUGUCUUGUUUCACUGAUCUUAGCUUUAAACACGAGAGAAGUCUUUGAAAAGCCUGCAUUGUGUAUUAAACACCAGGUAAUACAUGCAAAACAGAGGGCUCAGCAACAACUUUUCACUUGUGAAUUGGCAGGAAAAAGUAGCGGCAUUAUGUAUGUUAAAAAUUGGCUAAUAUUAAGUUAUUGCAGAUCCCACAUUCAUUAUGCUGCAGUACUGUACAUACUUUUCUUAGAAAUUAGCUAUUUGUGCAUAUCAGUAUUUGUAACUUUAACACAUUGUUAUGUGAGAAAUGUUACUGAGGAAAUAGAUCAGCCACUUUUAAGGUGCUGUCAUAUAUCUUGGAAUGAAUGACUAAAAUCAUUUGAAGCAUCGCUUCUGAAAAGUUCAAAGUCAAAAUUGGAAGGUUUUAUUCAUUCUUGAAUUUUUCCUUCUGAAGAGCUCUUCUAUUUAUACACGGCUAAAUUCUUUAAAGAUGUGGAGGACACCUGUCUGCAGAAUAAAGCUGAUCAUGUUUUGCUACAGUUUGCAGGUGAACAAAAUAAAUAUUAGAAAAUAUGCUAUUGUUUUUGUGUUUUUGCUGCAAUGCCUUUACCAAAGUGGCCUUAAAUAAUGAGUAGUGAGUUGAGAACAUCUUGAAUUCUUAAAGACUUCUAGUGACUAACUUUUUUUAAAAGGCCAUUUAGAAAAUUUAUUAAAACUACUAGGACUGCUAUAUUCAGGACUGCGACAGUAGAAAAGCAUUUAAAUGUAGCUUGUCAGAUUCACCAUGCUACUUCUGAUUUCUCUGCAACUUCUUAAUUUUGUGAAAUUUGUAAAUAUGGAGAAUUUGCAUGUAUGUGUAUUUACAAAUAUUUUUUAAAGAUCUUGAAUUCUCAGACUGCAAAAGGCCUAUUUUAACUAUUUUUUUUCUGUUCUCCAUUUUAAUUGUCGUUGAAUGUAUUGGAAGCAGACAUGCAUUGACUGUGACAUGAUGGCACCUGAGUUCCUCUUCCACCUCCCCCAUUUUCUAGACAGACUGAUAACUAUCUAUAGAACAUUUGUUUGUUUGUUUUGGGGUAAAGCAACAGGAACCCAAUGUUACCUUAAAGUGAUGAAAUAAUUUGUGUAAAAAGGUAGCAAUACUAAGUUUAGUUUUAUCUUUUUGUUAAUAUUCAAAUGAACUUGUUUAAUUAUUUAUAUGUAGUAAUGCCUCGUUCAUCCCAAGAUAAUCUGGCCCUCUCAUCAAAACGAAACACAACUAAGAGAACUGAAAUCAUUAAAAAAAUGCUUUGAAAACACCCCUAAGUCAUGAUUCUGUACGUAGAACAUACAUGUUUCUUUGAAUGUGAGAGUUUAAUAAUUUGAUGUACUGGCCCAUAGCAUAUUUGUGUUGAUGAAAGAAGGAGUCCAAAGCAAUGAUGGAGAUCAUGCACUGCCAAAUCUGUAGGGACAGCCAUCCAGAGGACAGCGAUAUUAGUACAUCUGGUAAUGACUGUGCAUCCAAAAAGCUAAAAUUGCAUACACAGUAUGUAAUGCCUGUAGCAAAAUUUUAGGUGAUGUAAGUAUCAGUCUGCUCAGACAUUUUAUUCAUAUUAGAUGCAUUCGCAGCGGUAGCUGUUACUGUCAUGCUUAAGUCUGGGGUUUACUUGGGCUGCAGUCUGCUGCUCUUCUUACCAGAAGGUGUGAUUUAUAUGUAGUAGACAAAGGACAUGCCCGAGUCUCAGCCCUUUCUGAGCACCCUGCCCCUGAGACUCCCGUUACCACUGCUCAGGCUCAGCUACACUUUGGGCAUAGUCUUGAGUUCUUUGUACAUUUUGGGGUCUUCAUCUAUUUUCACGGAAGGAAAAUUUGAAUGUUUGAGAUUGUAUUAGAUUCAAAUCAAUUCAUAUGUACAAAAGUUAGACUAUAUAAUUGUAGGCCAUUAUCCAGACAGCCCAUCAGGCUUCCCAUCUAUUAAGUAAAUUAAACAGUUGUUAUCAAAAUAGUUUUAAAGACUAUUUUUUUUCUAGUAGAUCUUGAGAUUUGUAAUUAAAUGGGGAACCUGUAUUACUGACUUUUAGUGAGUGCUCAUAAACAAAAUAUAAAAUCUUAGUUUCAGAAUAGCUCCACUGUUAAAGAUCUUUCUCUUAAAAAUCUUUUAGAUUUAAGUUGGUUUUGCUUCUAGUUUAGUUACUGUCCUGAGCAUGUGAAGGACAUCCCUUCUGCUUGAAACACGUUUCCUGUUCUGUCUUUGAUCAGAAAUGAAUUUGUCUUUUAGGGUGGCAAAAACUGUGUUUAAAAAUGUUGUUAUGACGCAGGGAAUGUUUUAUUUUAGAUUCUUUUGAAAAUAGAGGACAGGUUGUCAUUUUCUUCCAUAAAAUAAUUUGUUUUGUAAAUAGGACACCCCUUAUCUGGGAGGUGCUUUGUUAGUAGUCGUUCUUGCCAGUUGCAAAGUUGGGAGCAUUUCUGAAACAUGUUUUAUGUUUAUAGUUUUUACAACUGUUAAGAUCCCCCAAAGAGCUUUUGUUUAUGAAACUUGAAUUUCUCAUGAGUUAUAUUGCAAGUCAGUACAGAGGAAUUUCUAAAACGUAACUUUUAAAUAUAGUUGUAAUAGUCCUGUUACUUGUGAACCUAGAUAUUUGGUGUAAAAUAACUUUUCCAAAUGAAGACAAACACUGUUUGCCACCUUUUCAGUGUCAGGCUAAGUAGAAGCUGAGAUCCUCGUGCCGUCUCUAUUCAGACUCUCCAUCUCACGGCAGAACAGAACUGGAAGCUGCACUGUGCUUGUGGAGUCCAGGUGGUGAGAAAGGCGCACACCAUCUUAGAACUAGAGCAAAAGCAGUGAGACCUGGGGCAGCUCUUCUUAGGGCCCCAGAUAACAUUUUGAGAACACGGCACUUUAAUGUGAUGAGACCUUGCCCCAUCUGAACUUCAAGGGGUUGUUUGGGAAAAAGUGAAAUCUUAAACUUUUUAACAUUAUUAACUACUUUACCUAAAUAGCGGUGAUAUUGUGGGUGUGGAGUUUUAACACCCUUUCAUAUAUCAGGUGCUCACUGAGUAGUUUCCUUCUCUCAGCCCUUGUAAUGGAAUCUACAAGACAGAACAGGUAAGCUAGUUACAGCUCUUAUUCUUGGGAGAAGGUACUGUUGGAUUAAAUUGUGCUUUCUUUUUUAGAUGUGGCUAGAUUCUCUUUAUUUUGAAAUUUAAGUUACUUCCUGUAUUUCUCAAAGUGUUUAAAUCAUUUAACAUGAAUUUUUUAAUACUUUGAUAAACUAAGUACCAUUUGCUCUGUAGAGUCUGUUUUGUUUGUUUUUGUUCUUUUCUGACAGGGUCUCUGCAUGGUCCUGACUGUUCUUGGAACUCACAGAGAGCUACCUCUGCCUCCCAAGUACUGGGAUUAAAAGUGUGCAUCGCCACACCCACCCCAGAGUCUUACUAACACUUAGAGUGGUGGAGUAAGUGAUGAGACAGCCUUAUACCUCAAGUUGACAGUGAUUCUUGGUGUGGGGAAGCUUUCCUUUAUUUAUGUAGUCUUUUCCUCUUAUGGUUUUAAAAUUACUUUUUAAAGGAAAUUUUAAAAUUGUAUAAAUUAGCUUAUUGUAUUGAAUUUAUCCUCAAGCCAGUUGAACUUUUUGUCUAUUUUAAAGCAGUAUCAUUAAUUUGCUUUUCAUGUAGUUGUAUUUGAACAAAUGAAGGAGUGACUGGGGUGUACCUUGGAGGUUAUUGGUGUUUCACGGGUAUCUCUGAAGAAAAGAACAGUAACCUGCUUUGUAGCAACAGGCUUAUUUGACUAGCAGUCUGAUGUCAUGAAAUGCAGUUUGAAAGAUGCGCAAGUAGAUGUCUUUAGCCCCAGUUAGAUCACUACAGCUCAGUCCUGAUGUGUGAUCCUACAACUCAUUUACUAGUUUUAUCAGCCCUUUGAUGAUUGCAUGCAAGCUUCAAAAACCUUUAGUUUGAUAUUACUAGUGAUUUAUUCUGUAAGAGUCUGGACACUAGUUUAACAUUCUUGAAAGGACACUGCGCUGUGAAAGAUUUGAAGAAGAUGAUGGUCUUUUCUGGUAUAAGGCUAUACAGGAGCUGUGAUGUGUGAUCGGGCAUAGUGGUUCUCAAGACUUGACCUUGAAUACCAUGGGUGGAGUGGACUUGAAGGGAUCCUGAAGAACACCUGCACCCGAGUGUUAUUGGUUACACAUUCCAGUGCUUCACUAAGCCUUUAAAAAGGUAUACCUUGAAUAGAUUUCUGACACCUUUUCUUUUGACAUAGGACUUGAUGUUGCUUUUUUCCAAUGAAGACUUCUGCCAACAUGGUACACCUGGUAUCCUAUCCAUAUUUUCUGUCUCUAGUUUCAUUGUCCGGCAAUGAGAACAGAAUGUUAUGAUUCAGAAUUUAGUAAAAAGAAAGAAAGAAUCCCAGACAGAACAUUUUAUUUGCUGCUAAACAUUGCCAUUUGAUCAAAAUUUAAAUUGGUAUGUUCUCCAAAAUCUUGAUCACUUGUUAUGUAAGUUACAGUCUAAACAAAUACUCAAGGAGCCUUGUGACUAUGACUGUUGAGUCAGUGGCUUGAGGUAGCAAACGUUGUAAACUAACAAUAGUCAGUGUUCCUAGAAUGUGGUGAGUAGAGCCAGGUUUUUAAAGGCUUAGACGUUCUUAUAUGUUCUAAAUGACAUGCGUAGAAUUUUUACAGUUGUGCAGUGUAUACAGUAUAUGGUGAACACAGACUUUUACCCACUCUCACAUACAGUUUUUAUUGUCUUCAUGGUCUUCAGCAUGCUGUCUUUCAUUAUCUCCAUCUAUGCAUGCCUUUCAUGGUUCUGCCUUUGUUUUAACUUGGACGCCUUUAUGUUUACCACUUGCAGCACUACCCCAUCUUAUGCAUGGCGUCAGGAUCCAGGAACGGAUGGCCUUUUGGAGGAACACUUUUUAAGAUACAUAUGCUUGGGCGAAAAUUCUUGAUUUUUGUCUGUUAAGAAACUUUUCAUAAAACAGAUAAUUUUAUUUUGCAGCUCACCAGCUUUUUAAAUUUGUUUUUGUAUUUCCAUCUGAGAAAUGUUUCAGAUCUCAAUUCUUUGCUAAACUAUGUGGAAAAUCCCAGCUUAUAAAUUAAGUCACAACGCCAUUCCAUGUGCUCUGACUGAGAGACUUGAGGAAGCUCUUGUCUGCUUUACACCUCACUCUUUCUGUCAUCGCCCACCCCCACCUGUGACUCCUGCUGUUUCUGAAAGAAUGGCCUGAAGUCUGUUUUAUAGUUUGUCAGUAUUCUGCGUCUCUGCCUCAUUCACCUCAGCUUGGAGAAUGAAUUUUGUGUUCGUAAAAAGAAAGUACAGUCUGCUUGUUCACAACUAGAGUUCACUCCUUGUCUUCAAAACCAAGUUAGCUUUUGCUUUGGAAAGCAUUGGGGAACAAAUCCAAAAGUUUGGAUUCUGAUUUUUUACAGAAAUUAAUAUGCAUUUAGUAUAGUUAUGCAUAGGAUUUGCUUCCUAGAAAAGUUUGUUUUUAAUGAGGAACACUAUGAAAUAAUGGAUAAAAUAGCAGUAACUGAUUAACUUACUCUAUUUGAAGGGAAAAAGUAUAGAGUAGGGAAGGGGCAGUCUGGCUGUGGGCUAUGUAUGUUUGGAAAAUGCUCAUGCUAAGGUUUUUAAAGCUCAGUCUGAGUGCGGGAAUUGGUUUUAGGUAUUUAAAACACUGAUUUUGAUAAUUGUAUCAUUCCAUUUUUGGAGAUUCUGAAGAUUGAAACUUUGACCUUGCACAUGCUAGGCAAAUGCUCUACAGAUAAGUCUAACUAAUUUUUUGUUCAUUGUGAAAUACUGCUAAAAAAAUAAAGACAUGACUUUGCA